UAGUGAAAAUGGUGGGCUGGUCAGCUAAUCAGCUUGCAAUCGAGAAUUUCGCGCGCUGUCAAAUGUUUCUCAUUUUACAUUAAAUUGAGUUCAGUUUUGCACGUUAGUUGUUGUAGAUAAAUAAUAAAGAUCACUGUCUUACAUGAUAAAUUUCACUGAGAUAACAAUAUAUUACGUUUCUGUGUGAAAAACGAUCUUAAAUAAAAAAUGCACGAUCUUGUGUCUGAUUUCGAAACUGUGACCCCUGAUUUGUGGUUAUCCGACGAAGAGGCAUGGAAGGAGAAACUUCUGAAACUGCCCAACUUGUAUCAUAUUCCGCUAAUCAACACGAAUGCAUCUCACAACCUGGCUGAUGGUACACUAGUAAGGUUCCGUGGCAUGGUGCAGGACAUGCACAACCCUGAGUUCUACUUCGAACAGUACGAAGUAUUUAACACUUCUACGAAUGAAACUAAGAUCAAAUCUGGAAAGUUCAGAGAUACUUCUGAUAUAUUGGAAAAUGAAAAAGUGAACUACACAGAGAAUUUAACCAGUGGCCAACGUCAAACUGUUGUUGUUGUAUCCAUGCCUGGACUGAGCGACUGGGCACAAGAUAUAGAACACAAGCAAAACCACUUAAAACAUUUAGAAGAGCAACCGAAUACUUCCAAACGUCUACAAAAUGCUGCUAAAUUGAAACGUAGUUACGAUGAAACCGAAGAUGAAAAUGGUGAAGCUAUGGAAGUGGUUGAUGAAGCUGCAUGUGUAAAUAAAGAACCAAGAACAAAAGAGAAUAUGAAUAGUGCAGCUAAUGUAGUGUCCAGAGAGCAUUUACUUAAUUUCCCUUUACCUGAUGUUGCUAGCAAAUCAUGUAUUGUAAAGAUAUAUGAAGACACAGAUAACUUAAAAGUCAAUGAUAUGAUUGAAGUGAUCGGCUUUCUCUCUGUUGACCCUACUUUAUCUGGAGAAUUUCAACCAGAGAAGAAUGCCUUAAUUGAACCGGAGGUUGAAUCGGAAGCUGAAACUAUCACGCACAACCCACCACCCAGUUUGGUUCCAAGACUACAUGCUGUAUAUGUUAAAAAGUUGGAGCAUUGUAAUCCUUUGAUUACUGAGGCUAUUGAUCAGGAUACAGUAUUAAAAGAGGCUAAUUCCGCCAGGGAGCACCUACUGAAGGCUCUAACUGAACUGUUAUUGGGAGACAGGCUCGCAGCAGAGUAUUUAAUAUGCCAUCUUAUUGCGUGUGUAUACCUCCGUCAGGACACAAUCGCCCUUGGUCAAUUCUGUCUCAACCUGUCGAACUUGCCGACACAAAAGUACCCAAACUACGCUAAACAGCUCUACGACAUUAUCAAACAGUUCGUCACUAAAAGCUACUACCUGCCUCUUACUAUUGAUAAUAUGAACACCAUGACACUCUUGCCUAAAAAAGACUACGAAUGCAACCGCUUGACCAGUGGAGUACUCCAAUUAAGCAAAGGAACGCAUUUGGUCUUGGACGAAACCAAGAUGGAACAGGGAAGAUUGGAUAACACGGGGGUACAUAAUGUGGCUGCAUUGGGUCACCUGAUCAAGAACCAAAAAGUGGAAUACGACUUUAAAUAUUACAAGAUGGAGUUUGAAUCUGAUAUAUCCGUUCUGGUACUGUCUGAGGGGAAAUCGCUGUUGCCGAGUGACUACCACGUUCCACUGAAACCGGAAGAAUCGUCGUUAGAGAUUUUCGACGCGAUUGUAGAAGCAGCCACGUACUAUUUAAAGGAAGAUAUUAUGAAUAUCAUCCGAGUAUACUUGACUAACUUGAAGCUUGUCAAAUACACCAUAAGUGAAGAUUUACAGUUCGUCGAAGAAGACUUCAUAGAAAUGCGAAGCAAGGCUGACAGCAGCAACCCGGUUACCGCUGACGACCUCCACCGAUUACUAGUAUUAGCGCGACUUGUCAGCUUGUCUCGAGGUCGAGACACCCUGCUUAAAGACUGCUGGGAUGACACCAAGAGGAUGGAGGCUGAACGUCUACAGCGAGUCAAGAACCGAGUGCAGAGCACUUUUUAGUUUAAGCGUGUCCUUUUAUAUUAUUAU